AUGCGAGUGCAAGGUUUGGUUCUGCUUGCCCUGGCUCUGGUGUUGCUGCUGCUGCAGUGCAGCAUUUCCUGGGCAUUGCCGUGUCUCUGUGAGCUCGUGCUCUUCCGUUUUGUGCCCCAGCGACGCGCCUGGGUGGACAUGGCUCUGGUGGUCCUGCCUUGCAUACUUUUCUUAGCAUAUCUGCUCUUUGCCAGUGUGCAAGGGGGCAUCAAUGGGGAUGUGGCUGCAGACAUGUUUUUCAUGGUCGUGGCUGUGGCGCUUGUGAUUGGUCAGCGCUGUGCAACGCAGAAAGAAGAAGUCUUGGAGCUGCCCCAGGGACAGGAGGUGCCACGUAAAACAAGCAACAGCCAAUGCUGCUGCGCAUGCUGCAGCUGCUGUGGAGUGCUCCUGUGUAUAUCGCUGCUAGCCCAGGCUGUUGGCAUGAUGGUGUAUUUGGCGAACACCCCUAGACCUUCUUACACAGCGACUUCCAUCGCGUACUGGUGCGAGGGCGAGCCAAACAACUCUCUGGUCGUUCUGGAGCCUGGCUAUUUGGCAUCUCCAGGGUCGCUGUUCCAUGUGCAGAAGGUCUUGUCACAGAGCACCCGCGUUUGCACCUAUGAUCCAGUUGGCACCGGCUUCAGUGGCGGCCACAACCCGAGCUUCCAAACCGACGCCCUAGCCAUGAAGGAUGUGGUGGAUGCCGAGCUGGCCCAGCACGCCGGCAGUGACUCGUGGCUCGUGGUGGUUGGAGGCCACUCUCGCAGGCACCUGACAGGCUGCCGCUUCUGGAUGGAUUAUGUCAACUUGUACGGCAGGCUUUCCCUGCUGGCGCUCGAUGGAAGCUGGUGCGGCCAGACUGGCUGUGGCUACUGUGAAAAUUUCGGAGGCAUUUUCGCCGCCGUGCGGAUUGUCGCAGCUCCAGUUCUGACGUUGCUGUCUGGGUAUCUUCGCCUGGUCAUGGCGUUUCUGCAGGAUCCGCUGAUGCAGGCCAUGGCGAGUGGGCCAGACCAAAUGCCGGACUACCCCCAAAAGGCUGUGCUUCAGUUGUCAGAGCCCUACUUUUGGCCAAAGCUGUGGCGCAGUCAAAGCUUGCGAGGCGAUGCUUGGCUCAAUGCCUAUGACGGGCCAUCGUGGUCGCAAUGUUCAGAACUGCAGUUGACGGCUACCUCAAUGUCAUCGAGCUCGCCCCAUCAUCUCUACAUUGAUGCUGAAAGCAUUUGCACCACGAAUCCAUGGGCCUGUGCAGAGCACAUGUCCCUCAUCUCUAGCAGCUGGUUCGCAGAUUUGGCAGGUGCCAGGGCUGCCAGCUUUGUCGCCGGCUGA